CUCUCUCUCUCUCUCUCUCUCUCUUUCUACGCGACCUCGUCGCCGUCGCGCACCGAUAAAAGACGAAUCUGGAGUUUUCCUCGAGGACGAGCGUGUCGCCGUCAGUGCGAAACUGACGAUACCCCGAGUCGUUUACGAGAACAUCUGAACAAGAGGAUCAAACUAUCAGAUCGCAGUGCAGCGUACUAGCGAGAGGCGACGUGUUUGGUCGCGGGGUGUGAAGCGAUCAUUGAUGCGGCGGUCAUCCCGAGGCUUCGUCGUCUCGUCCGGCUUCGUUCGGCGGCGAGCAUCGCGUCAAUGGUGAAUUCGCCGAGCGAGCAAUUGCAAUUAUCACUGCCAGACCUAGUCUUAUCAACCAUUGAGAUUUGAUUUUUACGGUGAGUUAUCGGUCGGAUCUAUGUAAUCUACGUGCAAUAUCCGGGUGUGGUUGUUCGUGAUAGAGACGCGCGCGUCAGUCUGCUAUUUACAAACUUGAGCGUGCAGAGGAAAGUAGGUGAUCGAUAAAGGUCGAAGAUAUUGUCUAAAAGCGGGCGACUGAAGCGUCACAUACGGUAUGCGCCGAUAAUCGAUGUCGAGCGUCGAAGUCUCUCGAGGCGUUGCGUCAAAGUCGCGAUCUGGAUGAACGCACAUUCACGGAGCAAUGCUCAGCAUGGAGCAGACGGUCUUGGAACAAGUAGCCGGGCCUGAGCAGCCGCAAGAAGAGGUGCAGCUGACUGAAUUGCUGCCGGUGAAGCGAUCCCGCAUCAGGGAGAGCGUCACGAAGGAUGCCGACGCGACCGACGCCCUGAAAGCGCUCAGAAGCUUAUCGAGCGACUGCAACGACAAGAGCGAAAACUUCGAUUUCAAUUUCUGCAAGAAUGUCGAGAAACAAUCGGAACAUCAGAGCAGCAAGCAAUGUAUUCGAUCAUUUCAGAAGAUACUUCGGAAGAGAACAAACGAGUCGAAAAAGAUCAUCGAUAGUACUGACUCGGAUGAUGACGAUGAGGAGGAGGAGGACAGAAUGGUGAGAAAGAAAACGAAGAAAGGACGUAUCGACAGCAAGAACACUCGAGCGAAAAAGAAUACCAAGAAGAAACAGACAAAGCCGAGCAAGAAGCAGAUAGAAGGAAAAAGGAGGAGGAGUGACUACGGGACAAGUAGGAAAGCCCCUCGAAUAAAGAUUCCCCUCGACGACGACGAGUUCGAGAAGAACGACGAAAACGAGGGCUUGGUGAAGAAAGAUUGCUUCAAGGACGUGGUUUACGUGUAUAGACAAGAGUCACUGGAUCCGUGCUUGAAUUCUGCACUCGAGAAACCAGGACCAAUCGAUAAGAAGGGUCAGCAGCAGGUCCCCUGCAAAAAAAACAAAAACUUGUCCGAUAGGAAAAGCAGCAUCGCUAAUAAUACCACUGCCAAGAAAGAGACGGGGAAACCCGAGAAAGAGAAGAAAUCUUCCGAGGAAGAUACCGUCAACCAAGAGAAUUACCUUCUGGAGAACAACAACGUCGUCAGUUCGAGUGGAUCCAAGCCAACCUCUGAUCCUGAGGACCCUGAUGAUCCAUCCGCCAAUCCGCCAUCGGACACAGAGAAGAACAGCGACACCAAUUCCCGAAGUCGGCAAGAAGUGCCGAACUGGCAGAAGAAGUACUGCUGCGUCGUGUGCUUCGCGCGCUUCAAGGGCAGCGGCGGUCUUCGUAACCACUACAAGGUGGUGCACAGCACCGGGCCGGUGUACAAAUGCAACGAGUGCGGCAAAGAGUUCCCGCUGAAGGAACGGUUGAAGCUGCACGUGCGCACGCACACCGGCUUCAAGCCUUACAAGUGUCCGGAGUGUGACAAGAGCUUUGCACGGGGCGGCCAACUAGUGCAACACCGUCGCACCCACAGUCAGGUGAAGCCGUUCCGCUGUGUCCUUUGCUCCAACAGUUUCACGUGCGCGGCCAACCUGUCGCUGCACAUGAAACGCCACAAGGGCCAAAGGGAUCACAAGUGCGAGCUGUGCGGCCGCGCCUUCGUCCGCCGCGACGCCCUGAAGAAGCACCUCCAAUGCCUGCACCGGGACGUCAAGUCUUUCAUCUGCGUGAUCUGCAACAAAACCUUCAAGGGUCACCUGCCGCAGCACAUGAGGACACACGCGCACGAUCGUCCGCACGGAUGCGCCACAUGCGGUCAGCGUUUCGCUCAGAAGUCCCAGCUGACCGUUCAUCAGAGGACCCAUACCGGCCAACGGCCAUUCCGUUGCCUCGUCUGCUGGCAGGCUUUCGCUCAUUCGACCGCCCUCAAGCUGCACACUCGCCGACACACCGGCGAACGUCCGUUCAAAUGCACCGAGUGCAACGCCGGCUUCACUCAGCUACCGCACUGGAAGAAGCAUAUGAAAUGCAUACACGGUCGCACCAAUCCGUACGGCUGCAGGUGGUGCAAGAACUAUUUUAGGAUUAAAAGCGACUUGGAGAAUCACAUCAAAACCUGUCACACCGAAGUGGAGGAAGAAGACUCAGACAUUAGCGGCGGCGGUGGCGGUGGCGGUGGCGGAGGCGGUGAAAACGGCAGCGGCGGCGGUGGCGGCGAUGCCGAUGCAUCAAAGCAUGACAGCAAAGUCGCUAGCACGUCAAACGUCGUUGAGAUCAUCGAGAAACCUUCGGUCACCGUCAAGCAGAAACUGAUGACGAUUGAGAAGAUGAGGCUACUACUGGCGGUGUUGUUGCAGAGAAUCAGCAAAAAGGACAAGCUGAAAGAGCUCGGCUUCGGCAAGCGACUCAUCGACGACGUCCUUCAGGACUCGCUGGUGUCCGCCGGUAAGGAGCCGGUCACGAACGACGGUCUGUCCGAGCUCGAGUCGCUCACUCGGAACUUGGAGAUUUUCUUGGAAUGGACGAUGCCCAAGGAGUACUGGGAGAAUUUCCGUAAGAUGAACAAGUCGCCCGUGGACAUUCUGGAGGCGCUUACUGACUGAACCGAGUAACCGCGUUUAUUCGUUAACAGUAAAUCCUUCCGGCCUGUGGCUCACAAAGAAGACAAGAUUAAUUCGCUGGUAAAGUCCUCUCGUGUCCGGCUGACAACGACAAGAUAUCUUGACGAAGGUUCUGCAUUCGAUUAGAGUCACGAUCGAAAUCUGAUCGUUUACAAUUCGACUUGUUCUCUCUCAUAAAUUUCCUGAACUCUCGUCCGAUGUGUUGCACAAAGAAAAAUAUUUUUAAAAAAAAGCGACUUUUUUUUAUUUUGAGUAAUGAUUGUCUUCGGCAAAGGAUAUUUAUUUCAUAAUAAUCUUAAAACAUGUUUUCACCAUGAAUUCAUGAGAAAAGUCUGUCACCAUAUAUACGGAAAAAUUU